ACAAAUUAAUUUCCUCAUUACGUCACAGAAAAGUAUGACGUAGUUGACACAUGCGCAUGAAACGCACGGCACUGCAGAAGUGCCAGUUGCUUGGAUGUAUCGAUUUCCGAGAAGGUAGUGUGUGUUCUUUGGUUUUUAGUGUCGUUGUGUGUGAACGUUUUGUAUGAGAUUUUUAUGUAAAACGAAAGAAAUCCGCGGGGUUGUGUUCUUGAUCACUCAACAUGACGAAGGAUAGAUUGGCGGCUCUUGUUGCGGCCCAAAGUGACGACGACGAUGUUGGGCCAGACGAUGUCGCCGUCAAUGUUGAGGGCCGCGACAGCUUUAUGGAAGCCUUCUUCGCGGAGGUGGAAGAAAUACGGGAAAUGAUAGAUAAGAUUCAAGCCAAUGUGGAAGAAGUCAAAAAGAAACACAGCGGUAUCCUAUCGGCGCCUCAGAGCGAUGAAAAGACGAAACAAGAACUGGAGGAUCUUAUGGCCGACAUAAAGAAAACUGCCAAUAAAGUUCGUGCCAAGUUAAAGGUGAUAGAACAAAGCAUAGAACAAGAGGAACAAACAAAUAAAUCGUCAGCGGACCUGAGAAUACGUAAAACUCAACACUCGACGUUGUCUAGGAAGUUUGUUGAAGUAAUGACGGAGUACAAUAGAACGCAGACGGAUUAUAGGGAACGGUGUAAAGCGAGGAUACAGCGGCAACUCGAGAUAAGUAAGUCCCUGGAACCUAUCCUUAAUUUCUCCAAUUUUUUAACGGGAGAAAUGAUAGAUCGUAUCGAGUAUCACGUAGAGCACGCCGUAGAUUACGUACAAACGGCGACCCAGGACACCAAGAAGGCUCUCAAGUACCAAAGCAAAGCCAGACGGGGCGAAUUGGUCGACAGGGUGGAAUACCACGUGUCACAGGCCACCGAUGCCGUCCACGUGGGUCGUUCGGAACUGAAGAUGGCCGAAGAAUAUCAGACGAAAGCCAGGAAGAAAAAAAUCUUCAUCAUAAUCUGCCUCAUUGUAGCUGUCAUCAUUUUAAUUAUCAUUUUAUCGGUAAUGCUCUGAGCCGAUGCAGGUGAUAAAUAAGAUACAAUGUAACAUAGUAGGUAUAGGGUUAAUUGGGGCGGUUCGUUGUUGGCGUCACAAUGACUUAACAUGCUGGAAGGGCGUCGUUCGUUAGCCUAUAUACACAAAAUCUCGGACCAACGGAGUUGCUUCCUCAGUAAAAAAAGAAAAAAUUGAAAAAUAAAAUAACAAAAAAAA